AGUUUGAUAAAACACUCACAGUUGAUGUCAGUCGCUAUCUGCGUUUCCAGCCAGACGUAUCACGCGUGAGAUCAGCGAUUAACCAGCACAAAACUAACCAGCCACAAAGCCCCGAAACCGAAAAGGUUGGAUGACAUCGUCGGUUGAACUUUUAAUACAGCUAGCUCGUUUUUUUUCUACCAAUUUCACUCCAGACGAGCCUGUGACAACUGAGCAGCCAACGUCCGUGUUUUUUUUUUUUACAACAUAAAACCUUUAGCGUUCAUUUGGAAAAUUGUCACAAACGCUAACGCUAGCCAACUUGUUUUUUUUGCCAAACAGAACAAUACUUGACUUAUUUUUAUAUAUAUAUAUAUGUCAGCCAGCCCUUCUUUUUCUUUUUGUCAACAAGCCGCUUUUCCCCCUCGAAGAACUACCUAGAAAACUAACAUUAGCGAACAGUUUGCUUUAAUAAAGAGGGCAAAGCAAACCUUAGCUGUUAGCCUGAAACUAACCAGCUAACGCCAACCUGAACCAUUGUAACUAUCACGGGGAAAAGAAGCUGUCCUUUUAACUUUUAAAUAGCCCGUUUGACACAUUGCAGUAGUGAAACUGUUCAACGUUGCCUUUCGCCUUAUAAACUAACCAGUGACAGAGAGCAGCGAGCCAACUGACUGUCAUAAGGAGAGAGAGAGCCAGUGAUCGGACCUGAAGCAGGUUGUGUACAGCCACGGAGUCCCACAUCGGAUUGUUUUAUUAUCAGUGUUAUUAUCAGGGUUAUUGUUGAAAAUGGCGGCGAUCGGAAUGGUGCAGAUGUUGAUCGAAGCAGCCGAGUAUCUUGAACGAAGGGAACGAGAAGCUGAACACGGCUAUGCCUCCAUGCCACCCUUCAUCAGCAGCCGAGAGAGGGAAAGCUUGAAAAGGAAAAGCAAAAGCAAGAAAAACACAAGUAGCAGGUCUACGCACAAUGAAAUGGAAAAGAACAGACGGGCGCAUCUACGGUUGUGUUUAGAGCGCUUAAAAUCCCUCGUUCCUUUGGGACCAGAGGCUAACAGGCACACCACCCUCAGCUUGCUGAUGAAGGCCAAAGAUCACAUCAAGAGGUUGGAGGAGAGCGACAGGAGAGCUCAGCACACUUUAGAGCAGCUACAACGGGAGCAUAGACACCUGAGGAGGCGUCUGGAGCAGCUGGGGGUGGAGAGGACCCGCAUGGACAGCACCGGCUCCAGCGUGUCCUCAGAAAAGUCUGACUCUGACCAAGAGGACUUGGACGUGGACGUGGAGGGGACAGACUACCUGCUGGGUGACCUGGAGUGGAGCACCAGCAGCGUGAGCGACUCGGGGGACGAGCGGGGCAGCCUGCGCAGCAGCUGUAGCGAUGAAGGCUACUCCAGCGCCAGCCUGCUGCGCCUGCAGGACACUCAGGAGAUGGCCAAGAAGCUGAGCUGCACCCUAUAAACAGCACUGGUCACCGACCAAGCUCCCGCCUCCUCCUUCCCCUAUCAUCCAAUCCCAUCCCGAGAUUGUGUCACCACGCCCUGGUCCCGCUCAGACCUAAUCAACCUUUACCUUCUCCUCCCAAUCAGGACUGACCAAGUCUGAGGCCUCUCCUCCUUCUCCUCCUGCCGGGCCUCUGCGGACCCCCCCCUUCCGCCUCCUCCCACACACACACACACACACACACGUGGACUUCCAUUCAGACUGCAGCACCUCCGAGACACCCAUGUGCAUCAAGCCCCUCAUCAUCAUCAUUAUCAUCAGCGGUCAGUCUUCAGGGUGUCACCCGCUCUGCUCUGCACCAAUCAAACGAGCGGGGAUUUGAAAAAAAAAGACACUCCACCUCCCCACCCGUCUCCCUCCGUCCAGUCCGUCAGAAACACAACUUUCAGCCACAGAAUGUUACCACACAAUAUCCCACUGCCUCUUUUUCUAUGCCUCAAGAGCCAUGGGAAGCACUUAUGAGAUUUCACCCCUUACUUCACAACACACACAUACACACACACACACACACACACACCCACACCCAUCCAUCGCUUUCCGAGUCAUCUCCAAUAGUGUGACACAGACGCGGGGGCUCGUCUUUCCUCUGCAACCCACCCCCCACCCCCCUCCGCUCACCAGUCAACCAUCGGUGCAUGGUGUUUUGCACUUAAAAAAUAGCUUUUUGUAAAACAAAAACUGUGUCAUCUUUUUCAAACACUGUCUCUCGAAGAAAAAAAAACUUCAAGCCCUCUCCCCUCCCUCCUCCUCCUCCUCCUCCUCCGUCCUCCACCCUCCACUUCCCCCACUUUACAGCGGUUGCAGCACCGUCACCAGAUGAUGUCAUCUAGUGAGUGUUUGAAAAACAUGUCAUGUCGUGCCGUGCAGCGCGACCAGAGUGGACACUAUAUAGACUGUGUGCGUGUUGGUGUUAAACUGUCAGGGGGUGUGGGGUGUGGGGGGGGGGGGGGGGGGGUGAGGUUUGGGGCUGGCCGGCCGGCAGCAAUACGUCCCCAAAGUACCCAGGCAUUGGUGGGCUGGCUCUUAAUUACCCUGUAAUUUUAUGUCUACACUUGACAUUUAGAGGAAAAAGUAACAAAAACGAAACAAACAAAAAAAAAAGAACCUCAUGCAGCAUGAGAUUGUGAAGGGGUCGGGGGAUUCGGGUGGGGAGGGGGUUUGUGUGGGUGGGGUUGGAUUUUUUCUGCCUCUCUCUGACGACUGUGACGUUUUUACAGCAUCCUUUUAGUAUCAUAUAUGUGUGUGCGUACGUGUGUGUGUGUGUGUGUCACAUCAGGGGUCACUAAGCAGGUUUGGAAAACUUCUAACACCAGCCACCAGGGCCGAAUGCUGGUAUAUUUUGGCAGGUGCUGGUUCUAUUUUCUUUUGUACACUACUUCACUGCCCCGUUCCCCAGGUUUAUUAUCUGGAAGGGAAAGAGCCUAUCUACUGAGAGCAGUCGAACAGACUGGAGCACAUUCCACUACGUAGAGAGGACAGGCAGGUUAGACCGAGAGCACGAUUAUUUUUUGCGAGUGGAUGUUCCUGCCAAUUAUUUAUGAAGGAGGAGCUCAGUCGGAAAUGAGUCGAGUCGCCCUAUAACAGAAAGAAUGGCUUUGACUUUUCAGCGAGAACGCACCGGAGCUUUUUCCGUUUGCAUUCACACCUGAAAAGCACCAAAGUGUUAAAAACCACAGAUUUUCUGUCCUUUUGCCUUGCCUUCAUAGCUAUUUAUUGUUUCUGCAGAAAUGUACUCCUUUUAAUGUAAAUAGUUUACAGAAAGAUCUCUAUGUCUAUCAAAAAAAAAAGUAUUUAUUAGAUAUAUUAAAUAUAUAGAUGAAUAUAAAAAAUAUAUUUAAUUAGUCAUAGCCUAUGUUCUUCUUGUGAGGUUUAUUGAGAGUUUCCUGUGUAGUUUGUUUGCACAGCCUAGUCAAUCCAUAGAAUAUUUAGAAAUGUCUCUUGUGCCUCAAGGCUUUGUGUCUGUUCAGGAUUCGGUCCGGUGCUCCUAGAAAAUGUUUUCUUUGUGGUUGAUGGUCAUUUUAUAGCCGUUUUUCAAAGCCAUCUUGCUCCUUUUUUGUUAUUUAAAGAAGGGGGGCGAAUAAUAGGACAAAAAAAACAGAAUAAUUUCUAAAAACGUGAUUUUUAAAAAGUAUAAAAGUGAGAGAAGCUGAUGGCCAGGUUGAGAAUGUGGGGUUUCUUCUGGCUCUGUUUUCCCAGGACCCUCAAACACAAAAAAAAGUGGCUUCCACCGUCCAGAGAGAUUAUACAGUUGAUUGUUUGGUAAGGGGAAACCACGUCAGGGAGAGAGGACUGCAGCUUAUUUUUGAAUGUAGACGUCCUCCGUCCCUGCAGCAUAGCAGUACGGUGCCAAAGGAACCUCCAGCUCCUGCGUCCGCCACUCGAGAUUCUCCUGUUGAAGCAUGAAGAUGGUUCAUCAAAAGAGUUAAAAGACAAAAAAAACUAAAAAGAAAUGCGAAAAAAUAGAUAUUAGUCGUUGAGUGUGGAAUGCUGCUUUUUUUUUUGUCCAAAAUUGUAACAUUUUGAAACGGAGAAGAACUGUGUAGCCACGCUAUAAGGGGGGGACUUUAAGGGGAAAUGUAUUGAAAUGUAGGUGUGAGUGGACAGGUGCGUUCACUGACCAUCUGUCAAUGCGUAUGUGUGUGUGUGAGCGUGCAUGUGCGUGUGUUCCGUCACCGUCUUCAGAGAGAAACUUUUUUUUUUGGGGGGGGGGGGGGGGGUUUAAAAAAGAAAAAAAACACUAAGGCGAUGUUUCUGUUCUGGUUUUCUGUUUACUAGUAAAAUGCAAAAAAAAGUCCACUUGACAAAGACUUCAUGUAUUAACAGCAUUAAUGUAUGUGGGAGUCUCCUGUUUCCCUUUUUUCUUUUUUUUUCCCUUUUUCUUUUUUUUCCCUCCAUCCCUGGCCUGUUGUCUUGUCUUCCGCCAAUCCGCAUGUGUGUGUGCGUUUAUAAGCGUGACUCCCUCCUCCGCUUGCUGCGUUGGCAUCCGUGGUUGCGAGGGGAGGCGGGCAUGUAAAAAUUGGGUAGUGGUGGUAGGGGGAGUUUGUGGGAGGGGGAGGGUGAGCAAGCAAUGUAUGUGUAAAUGAUCACAUGCGACUAAUGCCUACCCCUCCCUCCCUCCCUCUCUCUUUCUCUCUCUCUCUCUCUCUCUUUCUUUCUCUCUAUCUACAAAGACCCUGGUGCUUUCAUCAUCUCCCUUAAGAAGCAGGUGUGGAAUCUCUCAAAGAACAAGACUACAGUCAGACCAGUUGUUUAAGCUACAGGUUUUUAGCAUCAGGGGAUUUCAUGUUCAUGUGUAUAUUUGGUUUAUUUUGCACAUUUUAUUUUUUCUCUCCCUGCAUACAAAGUGGCUAACAUUGCCUUAAAAACAGACACAAAUGUAAGACCUAACAGAUGAUAUGUAUGUGUGUGUGUGUGUGUGUGGUGCGUGAGUGGGUGGGUGGGAGGGAGCGUGCGAGUGUGAUGUAUCGACAUGUAUCACAAAGGUCAUUCCCUUUCAUUGUGACGGUCUCAGGCGUGGUGCUUUCAUGCAUUACACAAUACACGCACACAAACACACACUCUCGCACAUACACGUAAACACAGCAACGGUAACGCAGACACACCGCGUCAUAGCUCCAUGAACAUCGUCGUCGCCUGCUGCCUUUCUCCUCGGAAAGGUCACGUGUCCGUUUUGUCGAGUAAUAACUUUAAAAAAAGGUGAACGUUUUGUGCACUUACUUUUUAAGAAUUGGAGAAUUUGGACACGUCUUCUAAAGAAAAUCACUUCAAAUGUGGGGGAAAAAAACCCUUUGGAAAUGAAUUGUGGGGCAGCAGUUUAUAUUUGCCAGUGAUAUUAAAGAAAUAAAACAUUUGAAACCCUUGUUUACCUACCUA